GGAGGUUUAGCAAGUUUGACAGCAUCGAUGUCAUUAAUUGGCCAAACACUUCUGUUACAAAAAGAAAAAAAAGUCAAGUUACUGACAAACAAGGACUUGAAUGUCCCUUUCUAACAAACAGUAGUUCUCCUGUGAUAACAUUUCUGUAUCCUCUGUCCCUCUUUCACUGAACUCCAGUGUUCUUCCUUGUAUUUGUUCUGAAAGGCUUCCUUUCUGUAAGCCCGUGCUUUUCCAUUCAUCCAUCCAUCCCUUUAAACACCCUUCCUGUAAGAUCACCCCCUUUGUAUAGUUUGUCAUUUGGAAUUGGUUUAGGUUCCCUUUUCAACAUGACCAGUAGAAAUCUGCUGUCUUUUGGAUUAAAUAAUUGUUGGAAGUCUUAAUUUUCUCUCCCCUCUCUAAAGGGGACAGUAUAAUCCUUUUAUCAGAUUAAUUUUUCAGUUUAUUUAGGAAAUUUGUUUCAGGAAACAAGUCCUUCUUUUCCCCCCCCAUUAUUUGGAAAAAACCGAACAGUUGACUGUUAAAAUGAAACUAGGCGUUUCUUUCCCUGAUACAAAAGUGAGUACAGCUGUUAACAGAGCCUCGCUCUGUACACCUGUUGUAAAGAAGGUGUUCAGGUUCUUUGCCUUGAAAUCAUUUUCAACCUACUCUUCCUAAGUUUCUGCUUACUGCCUGGGGCAGAGACAGACAGAGAAUGACUUCAUGCUUGUGCAGUGAGUCUGGCCAGACUUGUACCUAUUGUUUAGGUCCCUGGGGUGAGCAGCAGCGGCUCUGUGUGCAAGGCCCUUUACAGAACCCUGGCUGUGCCGGCAACAAUAAGUGUUUGGCAUGCUCUUUUUCUAAGUCUUGGGGGUAUGGAAGUACCAGAACCAAUUGUGAAGAGCUGGGGGUCAUUUGAGGCUGCAUGGGAUGUUCCUUGCAUGGAAACACUAGUAAUAGGCUGGAAAAGAAACCGAAGUUUUAGGAUCUGCUCUAAAUCAGACUGCAACCUCUGCUAUUUUCUUGUAAGGUAAGCAUGAAUUAAAAAGUACCAUGUAAAUACAGCUCCAUAAAUGCAACGUGUUGUGGGAACACAUUACAGCAGCCAGCGCUAGUGAGAGGACUACAGUACUUUAGCCUGUUUUCUCCGUGUUGUCAAUCUAAACCUGCAGUAUAUCCCAGGAACUCACCUACUGUUAACUUUUGACUCUUCUCAAUAGUUGUAUUUCCUUUACAGGCGUUUAACCCUUAAUAUUUCAUCCUAGUUUUUAAUAUUCUCUUUUUUUUAAUAUUUUGUGUACUUGCCUCGUUUAUUUUCUUGUGUUUUUUGUUUUGUGUUUAUGGCCAUGUUCCCAUUUCAGAGACCAAUGUCCUCUAACUGAUGAGCAAUUGGUUUCGGGGUAAGACCAAAUGUUCUAAACAAUCACCUUUGUCUAGAAUGGCUUUCUUUUCUCACCAUCCUUUUAAUUGUGCUUUGUUUCUGGUUUCUGUUUUACAUCGAAUGAUGAGAUAAUUAUAUGCUAAAUCCACAAUGUCUGUAGGAAACAUAUUGCUAGGAUAAUUACAGAGGUCCUACUAACAUUUCUGUGCUUCCUGUAGGGUAUCCAGAAUGGGUGUGGUACUGUCCCUUCUGUGAAUUGAGAAAAGUUGUGAUCCUCCGAGAAUGCAACAAGUAUAGCCUUGGCAUUGUAGUUAUUCCAACAAGGAGCCCUAAACCAAAUUGCUUUUUGAUGAGCAAUGACUUAAAAAUACAGAUCAGUGAGUAAACUAUUUAAUCCCACAGUAAUUAUGGAGAGUUCUUCAGAGACCUGGUUUUGAGCGGCUGCUCUGGUUGCUCGUUCUUGGUGCCCCACUAAGCUAAACUGGAUGACUGCAUUAUACCCCCUUUUUGAAUGUGUGGAGGGAACGGUGCUUGUCUCUACCCAGGGCCCCAAAAGUAUUAAACUGCAUCUCUAGUCCCUGCUUAACAUAAAGAUGCUCACCUAGAUACUGAGCUCCCAUUCUAAACUACUUCCAAGAAGAAUUCUUUAUAAAAACCUUGCUUUAAAUUCCUGUGGCAUAUAAAAAAUUAUUAGCCGUUCUUGGGGGAAAAAUGAAUUUGUGUUUGAGAUCAUUUCCCCCUCUUUUUCUGGGUGGUAAAGCCAUUGAUGUUUCAGCUGGGUUUCCAGAGGAGAUGCUGGUGACAGCAGUCAAUCUGCACUAGUGUGGUUUGUAUUGUACUGCUGGGUUGUCUGCUGUUGCUGCUAUGCUGAGCUUGUGGUAGGAGUAGUAGGAUAUUUUUGCAAAUCAAAGCUUUUAUUUUUUGUAUUUAGUUUCUGCCUGGUGAAUUCCUUAGUACAGGAAAGGUUUGCUUUCCUCUGGAAAUCGCAAUGCUUAGGCUAAUUUCAUAAAAGAAGGGACUGUUACUGCCCAACUGUGAAACCUAAUCUGCUUCUAACAAACUCUUGGGGUCUGAUAAGUCAGUAUUUUUAGGUUGUCUUAAUGCACCCCCAAGAUUAGAAAAUCAGUAUUAUAAUAUCUGAAGUAAAAGUGUUAUUUUUUAAGAUGAGAUGAUGAAUUGAAAUGAUGGGAAUAAUGUAUUUGCUGUCCCUCAUUCUCCCUAUCAUCCUGAGGCCUAAGAAAUGUAUAAAUUAUGUAAAGUGUUGGGGCAAAAAAACCCCAAACCAGCAAAACCAGUAAAUCUAGGCUGUCAGACGAGGGAAUGGGGCUGGUCACUCUUGGGAGAGAGAACCAGGUGUCUGUACCCAUCAGGUAGCACCUGUGUAACCCAUCCCAGGGCUAUCUUUCCUGAGCGUGUUGUCUGGCUGCAGUUGCAGUACUCUCCCAAAAAGAGAAGUCUCUGCUACUAAGAAGAUACUGAGGACUUUACAAAAUCAACCUUUUAAUCUCCUCCUCCCCACAGAGCCACAUACAAGCUGGGGCAGACAGAGGGCUGUCAGUGUCGUGAGCUCUGCUGGGGAACUGCUGGACUGUCACGUUCACUACCACAUUUAUCUGUUAAAAGAUCUGCUGGUGUAAUUCCAUGUAAAAAUAAAACCUUAACAGUGGUGAAAGUCAUCAUAACGAUCAGUUUUCCAGCUCCCAAGGAAUAUGGUACAUUAAUUCCUUCUCUGGGCAUCAAGGGCUCACUUGUGGCUGAGAGAUAAAGUUUUCGGAUGUCAUCCUGGCAACAAUUUUGGCUACCAAGUCAGAUAUGUGUGGCAAAAAGUUUGAACUCAAGAUUGAUAAUGUUCGCUUUGUUGGCCAUCCCACGUUGCUUCAGCAUGCCCUCGGGCAGGUAUCCAAAACUGAUCCCUCACCAAAGAGAGAGAUGCCCACUAUGAUUCUCUUCAACGUGGUGUUUGCACUAAGGGCCAAUGCAGAUCCAUCCGUGAUAAACUGCUUACACAACCUCUCCCGAAGAAUCGCCAUAGUCUUGCAGCACGAGGAGCGCCGCUGCCAAUACCUGACCAGGGAGGCCAAGCUGAUCUUAGCUAUUCAGGAUGAAGUGUCUGCCAUGUCAGAAACCACAGAAGGGCCACAGUCACCUUUUCAUCACAUCCUACCCAAGUGCAAACUGGCCAGAGAUCUCAAAGAGACAUAUGACAGUCUCUGCACAACAGGGGUGGUCCGUUUACAUAUCAACAACUGGCUGGAAGUGAGUUUCUGCCUGCCUCAUAAAAUCCAUUAUGUUGCCACAAACUUUAUACCCCCUGAAGCAAUUGAGAGAAGCCUGAAAUCCAUCAGGCCGUACCAUGCCUUAUUACUUUUAAAUGAUGAGAAGUCAUUGCUUAAUGAGCUCCCGUUGGACUGCUCUCCUGCCCUGGUGAGAGUAAUUAAAACUACCUCUGCUGUGAAGAAUUUGCAGCAACUGGCUCAAGAUGCUGACUUGGCAUUGCUGCAGGUUUUCCAGCUUGCUGCACAUCUUGUUUACUGGGGAAAAGCAAUUAUUAUUUAUCCGCUGUGUGAAAACAAUGUCUACAUGCUUUCUCCAAACGCCAGUGUCUGUCUUUAUUCUCCAUUAGCAGAUGCGUUUUCUUGUCAGUUCCGGGGCCACAACCUGCCGUCGAUGCUUUCCAAGUUCUCCCUCCCAGUGUCACUCUCAGAGUUCAAGAAUCCGCUCGCACCGCCCGUUCAGGAGACUCAGCUCAUCCAAAUGGUGAUAUGGAUGCUCCAACACCGGCUUCUUAUUCAGCUUCACACUUACGUCUGUCUGAUGGUGCCACCAAAUGAGGAGGAUUUCCGAGCCCAAGAUGAAGACAUGCCCUUCACUGCCAGAGUCGGAGGCCGAAGUUUAAGCACCCCCAAUGCUCUCAGCUUUGGUUCUCCAACUAGCAGUGAUGACAUGACUCUGACAAGCCCUAGCAUGGAUAAUUCCAGUGCCGAGUUGAUACCUGGUGGGGACUCACCCCUAAAUAAAAGGAUGACAGAGAAUCUCCUAGCAAGCUUGUUGGAACAUGAGCGGGAAGCUAUCCUUAAUGUCCCUGCUGCCCAAAAUCCAGAAGAUCUUCGCAUGUUUGCAAGGCUGCUACACUAUUUCCGAGGCCGACACCAUUUGGAGGAGAUCAUGUACAACGAGAACAUGCGUCGCUCCCAGCUGCUGAUGCUGUUUGACAAAUUCCGCAGUGUGCUGGUGGUGACCAGCCAUGAGGACCCUGUGAUUUCAGUUUUUCAGUCCCUCUUAAAAUGACUCUACUGGCAAAGGAAGGGAAAGUGCCAAGUCCAAGAGGUGAAUUCAAUUCCUUCUUGCCAGCUGAUGUACAGCAGGUUCUCUCCGUCCGUGCCUUGAUGUCCUGUCUGCUCCCUGUGGUGACAGCCGAGGCCAGUCUGUGCCAGGGCUCUGGGGCCUGCUGCGGGACGGUGCGCUUACUCAGCUUGGAUUCCUGCUGAAUUCCCUGAGCCCGCUCCCUCCACAGGGCCAUGAAGACUUCUGCUGUUGCACUGCUGACAGUACUUCACCUCUGAGUGGAUGCUGGUGGAUCAGGAUGGCUUUCUCUGCUCUCCAUCACCAUGACUGCUAGGUCAUUCAGCUGCAAGCACCAUUUAUGAGCAAGGGCAGGGUGGCAUUGGCCUGGCUUUUAGGGAGAUGUCCCUGGGUGCUGAGGAACUCUGUCUGAUCUUUGUUACCUCACAGCAGUGAGGACAUAGGUAGGAAGGCAAAGUACCACAAGUAAAUAGUUUCUGGAAUGAGAAUGAC